GAGAUUUUGAGGUGAAAAGAAAACGAGAGAAUCAUAAAGUGGUGGCUCCCGUUAAUCCAAUAGUAUUCAUUCCUUGUCCACACUCUAAGCAGGUGAUGAGUGAUGAUCGCAGCAUGCAGAACUUGUUGUUGUUCAACCUCAACGACAACUACCACCAGCUUUGGAGCUCCAACCACCUUAUCCCUAUCCAGAUCGGCCGCAUUCCUAUCUCUCAGCUUCAACCUUCUUCGCAGCAAGAGCAUUGCUGUUUCUUCGACACCUUCCGUACGCUGCAGAAGCCACUUCAGCAAUGAUAGUGGAAAUGGAGGAGGAGGAGACACUGACACAGAGGUCAACUGCGAGGUCCAUGUGGUUUCAUGGAGGGAACGCAGAGUUAAGGCUUCCAUUUCCAUUGAUGCUGACAUUGAAUCCGUUUGGAAGGCUCUCACUGAUUAUGAGCAUCUUGCCGAUUUCAUACCAAAUCUUGUUUGGAGUGGACAAAUUCCUUGUCCGUUCCCCGGACGAAUAUGGUUAGAGCAGAGAGGGUUUCAGAGGGCAAUGUAUUGGCACAUUGAAGCUCGUGUUGUGUUGGAUCUUCAGGAAUUCUUCAAUUCUACAUGGGAUCGAGAACUUCGCUUUUCCAUGGUUGAUGGAGACUUUAAGAAGUUUGAGGGCAAAUGGUCCUUAAAAUGUGGAACAAGGUCAUCAACAACUAAUUUAUCUUAUGAAGUUAAUGUGAUACCAAGAUUGAAUUUCCCAGCUAUUUUAUUGGAAAGGAUUAUUAGGUCAGAUCUUCCUGUAAACCUCCGAGCCUUGGCAUGUAGAGUUGAAAAUAAUAUCAUGGGAAAUCAGAAACUUUCCAUUGCAGAUAAUCACUUGGAUAAAACUCCUGGGGCUAUUAAUGGGUCAUCAGUCAAAAAGAUAAAUGGCGCUUUGUCUGAGAGUGAUAAAUUACUAAGUGAAGAUAACAAAGAAGGUCUGGCCAGCUCAAUUUCUGGUCCCAUUCCCGCAUCUUCUGGUGAGGCAAACAGCAAAUGGGGCGUAUUCGGAAGAGCAUGUAGACUUGACAGGCCUUGUGUGGUGGAUGAAAUUCAUCUACGCAGAUUUGAUGGACUUUUGGAAAAUGGAGGUGUUCAUCGUGGUGUUGUUGCAAGCAUAACAGUUAAGGCUCCUGUUUGUGAAGUAUGGAAUGUUCUAUCUUCCUAUGAGAGACUUCCAGAGAUAGUUCCAAACUUGGCAAUCAGUAAGAUUUUAUCCCGAGAUAACAAUAAAGUCCGUAUUCUUCAGGAAGGGUGUAAGGGCCUGCUGUAUAUGGUGCUUCAUGCUCGUGUUGUGUUAGAUUUGUGUGAAUAUCUAGAACAAGAGAUAACAUUUGAACAGGUUGAAGGGGACUUUGACUCAUUCCAAGGAAAAUGGAUCUUUGAGCAACUAGGAAAUCAUCACACAUUGCUAAAGUACUCUGUGGAGUCGAAAAUGCGCAAAGAUACUUUUCUUUCUGAAUCUAUCAUGGAAGAGGUCAUUUAUGAAGAUCUCCCAUCAAACUUGUGUGCAAUAAGAGACUAUGUUGAGAACAGGACAGCAUCACAUUCUUUGGAAGUUUGUGAGGACAUUACAGAAACAGGGCAAGAAAUUGUUACAUCUGCCUCUGGAGGUGAUGAUGGCUGUAGUUCCGCUGACGACUUAUCCAAUAGCAAUGCUCAAAGUUCAUCUCGUCAAAAGCCAAGAGUUCCAGGUCUACAGAGAGAUAUUGAAGUCCUAAAGUCUGAACUUCUAAAAUUCAUUGCAGAAUAUGGACAGGAAGGAUUUAUGCCAAUGAGGAAGCAACUUCGAUUGCAUGGAAGGGUGGAUAUUGAAAAGGCUAUAACUCACAUGGGUGGAUUCAGGAAAAUCGCAUCAAUAAUGAACCUCUCUUUGGCUUACAAACACCGCAAACCAAAGGGAUACUGGGAUGAUCUUGAAAAUUUGAAAAAUGAGAUAAGUAGAUUUCAAAGAAGCUGGGGGAUGGACCCUUCGUUUAUGCCCAGUAGAAAAUCGUUUGAACGUGCAGGGCGUUUUGACAUUGCACGUGCUCUGGAAAAAUGGGGUGGACUUCAUGAGGUUUCUCGCCUUCUGUCGCUGAAGGUGAGGAGAAAACGAAGAAGACAGGGCAACCUUGCCAAGGAUAAGAAAAUUGACCCAGUAACAGCCACACAUGAACAUGAUGUAGGCAGUGAAACCAAGACACCAAGACAGAUGUGGCUUGCUGGACUAAAACAAAUAGACGAGGACAUAAAUUGGGUUGGGUAACAUUGUAUUUUUACCUAUAUAUGUAUAGAACUAUAGGCAAGUGUUCAUAGGUCAAUAUUUCUUUUUUGCGUCCUUAUUAUGUCCAAAUUGACCUGAGGGAAGUAAUUGUAAAUUUUGGGUUUCCAAUUCGCAGCUCCUGAAAGCUGCUAAAAAUCCAGAGUUUAUAGCAUUGAUCAAAUACCUCUGCAUUCUAGAUUUCUAGUUUAUAGAUUGAAAAUCAAAAAGGGAAAGAGAAUUUCUGGUG